UCUAGCCUGGCGCUCCUUCCACUCUUCCCCAAUAGGCAAAGGCUGUGUUUGAGUGCGCAACGGCUACCCGAUACGCGCCCGGCAUCUUGAAUAAGAAAGUCGCACUGUGAACCGACGGAAUAGACAGGAACAUUUCAGGAGAACAAAUAUUGACUACGUGUACAAGAGAAAGGAAAACGAUAUACAGUGCUUUUUACAGAAUUACAGUUGGUGGUGAUUGAAGUUUGAAGACAUGAGGAUUCUACGAGUUGCGCUCCUGCUCGUCCAUGCCUUUGUGGUCUCGAGGUUGGCGAGUGGAGCUGUGGUGGACAGGUAUGAGAAUGAGAGGUCACAGCACACAGCAGUUAUAAACCUGUUGGAUGUCCUGAGCGACAGAAGGAUGGAGGGAGGGAUGGAGAAGAGUAAGCACGGAGUGGAGGGUCCAGUGUUGGAGGAGGAUGGAAGCGAGGAAGAGGAAGAUGAGUACUAUGAUUACUACCAUGAAGACGACGAAGAUGCAUCAGGGGACUAUGGGGUGGAAUUACCUCGAGUUGCAUUGUCGACUAAACCUAAAGACCCAUCGGCCAUCUUGGAAGCUGAGAGGAGUGAAGGGAAGAGGAGGAGAGGUGGAAAGGAGAGGAAGAAGGGAAAAGGAAAAAAGAGGAACCCUUGUCUGAAGAAGUAUAAGAACUUCUGUAUCCAUGGCAGCUGUCAUUACCUGAGGGACAUCAAAGCUCCAUCAUGCAUAUGUCGUCCCAGUUACUCUGGGGAGCGGUGUCACCUGUUCACGCUGGCUUCAGAGGGGAGGGACGUGGGAGGAUACAGCCGGACCACAGCUCUGGCUGUGGUGGCAGUGGUGUUGUCUUCUCUCUGUCUAACCAUCAUAGGCCUGCUGCUGGUGCUCAGGUUUCACAAGCGAGGAGCGUACGACGUAGAGAAUGAGGAGAAGGUGAAACUGGGGUCAGCACCCAACCACUGAAGAGCUGGAGAGAAGGGACAGGAUAGGGAAAUUCUACCUCAAAAUAGAAAAGAAGAAGUGUAAAAAAAGCCAAGAGUGAACCCAGAGAGACUUGGAAGGUAUGGAAGAGAAGGGGGACUGGAUGGGCGUGACCUGUACAUAUAGCUCCAUCCCUUCUCACUUAUGGACAGAUGUGAUUGGGUAGCUCAGGAUUCUGAGGUAGUCCCUGCCACCUAUCAGGGGAGAGCCUGCCUAAAACUGGAACUCUGAUUGGCUGGGAGAAAAGACUGAAGUGGUGAUGAGCAUAUGGAAGCUGAGAGGAAAAGGAGGAAUGUUUCUGGGCCCGUAUCCACAAAGCAUCUCAGAGAAGGAGCCUUCAGAUCAUAAUGAAUAAGAUUAUAUGAACAGACCUUAGAUCAGCACUCCUUCUCUGAGAUGCUUUGUGGAAACGUCCCUGGACUCAGUGCUGCUUCUUGUUAAAAGACUACCAGGAAUCUCAGACUGAAAGGACACCAUCUUCUCUUCAUUUGCCAGAAACAGAGAGAACCCUGGUCUUUCUUCAACAGGAGUGUUGUUUUUACCAAUCGACAUUUGUAUUUUCCUGCACAUGUUUGUUCGUUGUCAUUUUCUAGUGUACUGUAAAACUUUUAUUUAUACCAUAUACUUCUCUUUUAAUGUAUUUAUUGAUGUGUUGAUGUUGCUGUAUUUAUGCAGAUAUUUAACUGCUUUGUCCACCCAAGAUGCACUGCCAGUUUGUAAAGAUUAUCUAUAAGGUCAUCAUUGUGUUUUUAUAUUUAAAUGUUAAAGCAUAUUUAUUGAUAAAAAUUGAAGAUAAAGUAUUUAAAAAAUGUACAGUAAUUUUGGAGAAAUAGACAUUUCAAAGUAAGAGUCCUCUUGGUCUCAUAGGGAUACCUGAUUGCUGACUUUGAUAUAUCGGCACUCUGGUUACAGGCUGCUGAGAACACACACCACUGUGCUUGGUUGGUUGAUUGACUUAUUAAUUGAUUGAUUAAACAGCUCUGUGGUGUAUUCCACCAAUGGACCACUGACAGGUCUCUCUUUCUGUACCAUUAUGACGUGGUUGCAUUGUGUUUGACUCUGUGAAGAAGACAUGCAAAACAUCCAGAUAUCGAAGUGAAUUUAAUAGAACCUACUCUAGAAUCCCAAAAUAUAGAAUAUAGGAAAUAUGUCAAAUGAAUGUUUAAAAUCUAGAAUCCAGUUUAGAUUUUUCUGUAUUACAAUCAGGAUGUGGAAUAGAUCCAAGGUAAACUCCUUGUCGAGUACAGCCACUGUAGUGAAUGUUGGAACAUAGAAACACACACAAAUGGUGAAGUUUUUAUUGUCUUUGAGAAACGAGUUGGACAUUAAUCUCCAAAAAUGUUAUCUCCAAUUUCAAUGAUUUAUUUAUGUUACCAUGCCAGUUAGUUGUGUUGUUGUUUUGUUUUAACAUGAUGGGUUGUGGUUAGGGAUAUACUCAGUGAUUUACUGUAUGGUAAUAUACACUGAGAUCCAUGCUAAGAUCAUGAUAAAAUGUGAAUUCAUUUUAAAAACAAAUAACCCUCCUCAAGAAAAACAUACUGGAAACAACCUGCAGUUUUGAAGUGAUUUCUAGUCAAAAAGUGUUCAUUUUUUUCUCUGAAAAUAAAGUAUUUUUUUCUCAGAA